AUGCCCUCCGCAGCUGCCCGGGGCUACCUAGAAGUAAAACUUCACCGAUUUGCUAUUAAAAAUGUACUCCUCCCAUUUAAUGGGACGUUAUGCGUUGGGCAGCGGAAAUUCGAUGUUUUUAGUCGAAGUCGUGAUUGUUCAUUGGCGCAUGAGACGCUGCAAAUUAAGAAUACAAUUUCCGACCAUCCCUACGCUACUGAUAUUCCAUUUACAGUACGAUGGCCAUUUCAGCGGCUGCUCUACUUUUCCUUCACCGCCUCCCAAAAUAGCCGUAUCAUCUUCACGGAACAGACCCAGCUCGCCGGAUUCAGCCCGAAGAGCCAUCCAUUAGUGCUAGAAAAGGAAUCCCCACUCUACAAUCUCUCACUCUCUCUGAAGCUGCGAUGUUCCGACAAUUUUUAUGGGGACUCGUGUGACUCGUUUUGUGAGCGGCCAGCAGGAUUCGAGAAAAAUGGUCGAUUUAAUAUGACUUGCGGACCUGACGGGAGGCGGCAUUGCGCGAAUGGUUGGUCCGGGCUCAUGUGCGAUCAGCCGGUAUGCAGUGCGGGUUGUGCACAUGGGAAAUGUUCGGCUCCAGGGAUGUGUUUGUGUGAAAAUGGGUGGAAAGGUUCUGACUGUUCCACAUGCACAACAAGCCCGGGCUGUCAGAAUGGUGGUUGUGUACGUCCAAAUCAAUGUAUUUGCCGACCUGGCUGGGAUGGACUCCUUUGUGAUAAGAAAGUCGACCCUUGCGAAGGAGUCCUGUGUACUAAUGGCAAAUGCCAAUCGAAAAAUGAAACUGGUUACUUUUGCGAAUGCCACCCAGGUUUUGUCGGGUCGAAUUGUAGCCUACAGGCGUACACCCCCACGCCGGCUGCUAAUAAAAUGACCAGUGUACUUCUUGAAUGUCACCCAAAGUACUGUAUCCAUGGGGAUUGCGUACGGCAUGUUGAAGAUGGGCUUCAGUUUUUCAAGUGUCACUGUCCGACCGGAUAUGAUGGGUUGCGAUGUGAAAGAGAAACUACGGUAACCCCUCAUAACAGCAGCAUCAACGCCUCGAAAUUCACCUGGGAAAAUUCGAUGACCAUCCUACUCAUGAUAGGAUGCCUUUUCACAAUUCUAAACAUUUGUGGCUGCUUCUGGUGCUUGAAACUAAAAAGAACAAAGCCCCAUUUUGACUUUACAGUCGCCUACCAUAGCGAUGAAGUAGUGAAAAGAGCACCCUCAUCUACAGACGAGCCAUUCCUACACGAUACCAUGACCCGCGAUCUGCAACGAUAUUCUGUCGACUACCCAAAAACUUUCAGCAGCUUCCUCCCACCCCAAGAAGAAUCCCCGAAUACCACUUUUUCAUCUACAGCCAGCACCCAACGUGUCCAUCCGGUCUUCGAAGAACCGAUCCGAAUCAUCUAUUCGGAUUGCCCGACGCACGACAAGAACCUAGAGACGGAAUCGGCCUGCAGGGAAAAUGAUGAAAAUACGGCCAAGGCGUCUGGACUGAUGAUUGACAUCAACAAAGGCACUGAGAUGUUCAUCUGU